CCCGAAUUUUGGCGCGCACGGUUUCGAAUUACAUCGUUAGCUUCUCAAAGCCAGCAGAAUGGGGCAAGGGGAACACGUGAGAGACCGGCGCUGCCUGCAAAGCCGGCGCUCGCGACUCAUUCUGGCAAUCCUUGUAUUCAUUGCCCUUCUCGCCGUCGUCAUACCACCAGCAGUGGUGUUGACCCUACACAAAUUCACCAUGGGCCCUAAAGCGUCAGUUUUCGUACCGCUCUACGUCUACCCUGCACCGGGAGCAUGGGAUCCCUUAGAGAAGGUGAUCUCUUCUCAUCCCGACGUCAACUUCACCGUCGUGGUCAAUCCUGGUAGUGGUCCAGGGCCCAACGCCUUGCCCGAUGGCAAUUACACACGAGAGAUACCCAAGCUGGCGUCUUAUGGCAAUGUACGCCUCCUGGGCUAUGUUGCUACCACGUACGCGCAGCGCAAUUUCUCGUUGGUGCGGCGGGACAUUGAGACCUAUGCGGCGUGGCCGACCAACAGUUCGAACCCCAAUCUAGCGGUUCGGGGUAUAUUUUUCGACGAAACCCCCCAGCAAUACGAAAACAAUACCUUGGCCUACCUCCAAGAUCUGACUGCUGUCGUGAAGACGACCGCCGGCCUGGGUCCGGACCAUUAUGUCGUCCACAAUCCCGGCACGAUUCCUGAUGCCCGCUACUUGCCGACGGCUGAUUCGACUGUGGUCUUUGAGGCAACCUACGAGACGUUCUUGGAGCGUCAAGGGGCUAAGCUGUUUAAGGAGAUCCCGAAUAGUACUCGCAGCCAGCUGUGCGCCGUGGUCCACUCGGUGCCGGACAGCGUGGAAGGGCACAAAUUCCGAGACCUGGUGAAGCAAGUGCGCAAGGUCGCAGAUGAGAUUUUCAUCACUCAUCUGGAUACAGAUUAUUAUGCGAGCUUUGGAAGCCAAUGGGAGGAGUUUGUGGAACUGAUGGCUCGAUCGUGAGGUGGCAGAUGCCUGGUGCAUAUAAUUUCUUGGUAUAUACAGUAUUUAUGACGUAUACGAUAAAAGAUCUGAUUAUUG